CAACUACCAUAUUAUUGCUUUAACCAGUGUAGUUGUUUAGUACACUUACUUAACUUUAAUUUCUUAUUGUAUUUUCCCAGAUACUAAAGACGAACUUUUGGAGCAAAUGGGAAAAAAAGAGUUAGACAACAGUCAGCGAAGCAGAAGAAGGCAAGUGAAAGCGGUCGAAUUUUGAAAGCCAAGUCAAUUAAAUCAUCAAAGAAAACCAACAAUGAAGCGGAACCUAAGAAAGCUGAAUUGAAGUGGCUGAGAGAAUCUUCAUCCCAUGCCAACAUUGAUAAUCUCCUGGGACAAUGCAGCCGAAGCAAAAAGAAGAAAAUCCUGGCAUUGGCUCCCUCAUCGUCCUCGGAUAGUGGGGAUGAUGUCAUCCUGAAAGAUGAUCUAAAGCAAGCAGAAAAGAUAGGGAUAAGUGGAAGAAAAGUUGAACCGACGAGAAAACAAGAAACAUUGCUUUAUCAUCUAAAAUAGAGCUCCCUGAAGAGCAACUAAGAACAGCGACAGAAGAAAACAUCAAAUUGAAAGUUGACUUAACCCUUGCAACAAGGAAUCAAAGCAAAGUCAUGUCCACUUUUAAAGUUUCAUCUCCCCUGCGCCAGUCUCCUCGACUGAAAGCCCAGGCUGAAAAGAGGAAGGCAACUACUCCGACAUCCUCAUCAGUCCAUGUUAAGAAAAUAGACUUUGGAACAGAAGAUGGUGUCCUUGAAACAGCUGUGGAUGGAACAGAAGACGGUGUCCCUAAAGCAGCUGUCGAUGAACAGAAAAUAGAGAUGGAAGUCAAUAUUGAUGUGGCAACAACCUCCGCUGAGACAGAAAUCCCUCUUACAAAGCAGAGUGCAGUUGAUAAGGACUUCAAAACAACUGAGGAGCAAUAUGCCUCAAUAAAGAACGGAGUCACCAAAGGGUCUGCUGGAGACUCGCUUUUUGUGAAAAACUUGGCUGUGGCUGUGUUCACUACUGACGUCCUCAUGGUGUCCUCCGUGACGGGCAGUGAGUGCCUUGCCAAAAAGAAUAAAGAGGACAAAGAGCCGCCAAAAGAUAAACUGCCGGAAAAAGGCCUACAGUUAGUGAAAGUAUCUCUGCUGAACAAGCGGCCCUCAGCUUCUGAGUUCUUUAAUUUGACUGUCCUACUAGAGUACACAAGAGCAACAAAUGUCCGACUUCGGCUUCUAAGAACUAAAACAUUACCUGGGCAUCUAGUGUCUGUAUCUCGGCAAGAUCCCACGGUCACCAGAAGGUAUUUUUACUCAAUCAAGGAUAUCAGUAUGGGAGGACGUUGUCGAUGUAAUGGACAUGCAGAUACAUGUGAUAUUACUGACCCAGAAGAUUCUUAUAAACUUAUUUGCAGAUUUAACAUAACACAUGUGGUCAUAACUGCGAGUACUGCUGCCCCGGAUUUGAGCAAAAAGCAAGGAGUCAGUCAAAGAGCAACAUUUCCUACUUUCAGUGCAAACCUUGCAAUUGUUUUGGUCACUCGGAGCAAUGUGUUUACAACUCAACAGUCGAUGAAAUGAAAUUAUCUCCGGACAUUCAUGGGAAAGUAGGAGGCAGAGGAGUUUGCCAAAACUGUCGUGACAGUACAGAAGCUUGUCAGUGUAGCCACUUUUAUGCAACCGGGAAUUGUGCUGAAGGCUCUGGUCAAUAUGACUGUAGGAAA